GCAGUGUCAACGAGCCCCCGAACGGUCCCGCCUCAUUCCCCCGUGUGUGUAGCCUCGCAAGUCUCCGCUUGGCAAACCGUCACAGCUCCGGGCGCGAGGGUGGCGUUGGCGCGCCCAGAGCCCCGCUCCUCGGCCAGGCCAGGGGGCCGGGCGGGCGCUCUCCGCGGGCUCGGCACACGCCCCUCACCUGGGCGAGGCCGGGCGCGCAGGCGCUCAGCGCGGGGAACGCGGCCGGGCGCCUCAGCCCCGCGCGGGCAGGAGUCGGACGGUUCCGGGGCCGCGCCUGGCCGCGCUGUCGCCGGCGCCACCUCCACUGCCGCUGCCGCCACCGCCCGGGCCGCGGCGGCUCGCGGGAGAGCGUCUGCGCGAAGCCCCAGGGCGGCCCUGGCGGGACCGCCGCCGCCGCCGGAGCGUGAGCAACAGCUUCCCGGCUGGACGAGCCACUGCCCCACGCGCCCGCGGCCCGCGCGCCGAGAUGUUCUGCAUUUCGACUUCAUCCAAGAUUAAAUUGAUGUCUAUGGGCUAAUCUGGAAACAUAAAAACAAACUGUUUCGCUACAUCUAUAAGAAAGUAUGUCCAGAUCCCCAUUGGCUGACUUAUAAAGGGGCUUUAGAACACAACCCAAUGUAUGAAGUACUCCUUAAGUCCUGACAACCACCUUGAAGAUGGAAUUAUGAAUAUGGCAACUUUUCUACGGGGCUUUGAAGAAAAGGGGAUAAAGAACGACAGGCCUGAGGACCAACUGAGCAAAGAGAAAAAGAAGAUUCUGUUCUCCUUCUGUGAGGUCUGCAACAUCCAGCUGAACUCCGCAGCCCAAGCCCAAGUCCAUUCCAACGGCAAAUCCCACCGCAAACGGGUGAAACAGCUGAGUGAUGGGCAGCCCCCGCCCCUGGCUCAGGCCAGCCCCAGCGCCAACGCCAGUGCAGGCAGUACAUGCCACACUACUACCCUUCCUGCUCUUGUGCGCACACCUACCCUGAUGAUGCAGCCUUCACUGGAUAUCAAACCAUUUAUGUCUUUUCCAGUGGACAAUAGUUCUGCUGUUGGGCUCUUUCCAAAUUUUAACACAAAAAGAAGAGGCUUAUUUGGGACCAAUAAAUUCUGCCAGAUGGAUCCUGUGCAAAAAGCAGUCAUUAACCACACAUUUGGAGUGUCCAUUCCCCCAAAGAAGAAGCAAGUUAUUUCUUGUAAUGUCUGUCAGCUUCGCUUUAACUCAGAUAGCCAGGCCGAGGCCCACUACAAAGGAAGUAAACAUGCCAAGAAGGUCAAAGCACUAGAGGCAACGAAAAAUAAACCCAAAAUGGUUUCUUCCAAGGACAGCGCAAAGGCUAAUCCCAGCUGCUCCAUCACUCCAAUCACAGGCAACAACUCUGACAAAUCAGAAGAUAAAGGGAAGUUAAAAGCCAACAGCUCCAGUCAGCCAUCAAGCUCUGAAGGUGGCUCAUUUCUCCUCAAAUCUGGCACAACACCCCUGCCACCCGGAGCAGCCACUUCUCCCUCCAAGAGCACAAAUGGAGCUCCCAGUACUGCUGCUGAAUCAGAAGAAGAAAAAGCCAAAAAAUUACUUUACUGUUCACUAUGCAAAGUGGCUGUGAACUCCCUGUCACAGCUAGAGGCACACAAUACAGGAUCUAAACACAAGACCAUGGUUGAGGCUCGUAAUGGGGCUGGUCCAAUUAAAUCCUACCCUAGACCUGGAUCAAGAUUAAAGAUGCAGAAUGGCAGUAAGGGAUCAGGACUACAGAACAAGACAUUUCAUUGUGAAAUUUGUGAUGUUCAUGUUAAUUCAGAAAUUCAACUCAAACAGCACAUUUCUAGCCGAAGGCAUAAAGAUCGAGUUGCUGGGAAACCACUGAAGCCGAAAUACAGCCCUUACAACAAACUCCAGCGGAGCCCGAGUAUUUUAGCAGCAAAACUUGCAUUCCAGAAAGACAUGAUGAAGCCUUUGGCCCCGGCCUUCCUGUCCUCGCCACUGGCGGCGGCGGCAGCCGUGUCCUCGGCGCUGUCCCUGCCGCCCCGGCCGUCGGCCUCGCUCUUCCAGGCCCCCAUUGCCCCCGCUCUGCUGAGGCCGGGCCACGGGCCCAUCCGCGCCACGCCCGCCUCCAUCCUCUUCGCCCCGUACUGACGGCUGAAGGCCCCGCCGGUCACUGAGGCCAGUAGGAGAGUGGAGAAGGAAAGCCAGCAGGAUUCGGCAGGUUAAGCCUCUUGUGUUGCAGCGCCCCACCCAAGUGCAGCCUACCCCACCGAGCCCCGAUUCCAAAGAAAAGUCACUAGAGGCAAGAGUGCUUUCGUGGACCGCUCCUAGAGUUCAGGAAUCUGAGCAGCAUAGGCUUUCUCUCCUGUCCCCUGCCCUCCCCUCCCCCGUUCAAUUUGUGUAUCUGAGAUACUUGGUUUCUUGAAAAUGUAUUGGUCAGAAAGAAAAAGAAAGAAAAUUAUUCUCUAUUUUUUCAUGUGUGUGAUCUGGCUUAGAAACAAUAUGGAAUAUUUUCCUGACAGACUUGAAAACUAGAAUUUUCCUCAGAUGUCUGUAAAUAACUCUGGAGUCCAGCUGGGCAUAUUCUAGUGUGGGACAAAAAACGGAUGAACACAAGUGCUUACUUGUGGAGACCCUCUUACCAACGGAUCACAGCGUUUCCUUUUUGAUGUACUAUUGCUGACAGGGAUUGUGUACUGUUUUAGAGCCGGUACUGUUGUAUCCUGUGUAGUACUAGAUCUGUAUCUCUUGUCUGAAUUAAACAUUUUUAGUUGCUGUGUAAAUGUUAGGAAGCAAAUUAGCUUUGAAUUUUCUCUUUAAGAGAACAAAAGAUAAAGUAAUGUAUUUUCUUUAUGUCACAUUUUAUUUGGAGAUAUUUAAACGAAAUAGAAAGCCAUAUAACAUAGCUAUAAUUACUACCUGUUUGCUAUUUUUGUUUAACUUAUUUUGUAGCUUCCUCACCAGUUUGAGUUGCUAAGCAAAUGUAUACAAACAGAAAAAAAAGAGCUUCCUAAAUUGCACAUUUGUGCACCUCUUGUGCAUUCUGCAAGAAGACAAUGAAUCCAUGUAUUUCUACAUAAUUAUCUUCUUCAUUUUUAACCUGUUUUCAUUUGUAAUGAUGCUACAUAAUUUUGUGGCUCCCUAAUGCAAUAAUGUACAGAAGAUAAAACAUUUGUAAUUGAACAAUUUGUCUUUCUGUUCACUGAAUAUGUUGCAGGUCAUGCUCCCGUGCCCCCCUUUCUAAGCUGAUAUCAACAAGACUGGAAUGUUUGUGAUAUCAGGGGCAAGAGUUAUGCAUAAAACAACAACAUAGAGAGAACUCUUUUAGAGCAUCUAUAUCUGCAAUCUGUAAAUGGUAAAAUGUCUGUGUAUUUUUUUAAAUGUACCUUUUCAAUAAAAGUACAAAAAAUAAAAA